AUGUCCUGGGACGUGAUUGACCUUGACGGCAAAGACAGUGUUCGACUGCUAGAUGGUUCAUUCGAUAUGGUUGUGGACAAGUGCUGCUUGGACUGCGUACUGUGCGAGACCAACGGAGCCGACUACAUAGCGGAACUUACCCGGGUCCUCAAAAGGAAGGGUGUACUGUGCAUAGUCUCGUUACAUGGCCCGGAUUUUCUGCUACCUCUGCUGGAGGCACCUGAACUCGCAUUCAAUGUGUCGUACCAGAAGAUUCGCUCUUCGACCGCCCUGACUGUUAAGGACGGGUUGGAUCUUACCAGGAAUAUGCCUAAUAUAGCCAGUAACGCCGAGGAUGUCGAGACAUCUGUAUGGAGUGAUGAAGGGGUUUUUGCACCUCCCGACGACUAUAUCGACUCUACAAACAUGUAUGUGUGUAGGCCUAGAAGAACCCCGCUCAUACGCAAAGGGUCAGCAGUGAAGAAUUUACAAAGUGAGAAUACCAAUAACAAACCAGACACUGAACAGCGGCAAUAUGGAGUAGAGGACGAAUCUGAGACAUCAACGUGUGCACGCGCGCAAGCACAAUAUGAUCAUGAUGAGACCCAGGCUAUCGAGCAAUUUUUUUGUGUUGAUAAAGACGCGCUCCAUGCAAGGUACGAUAGUAUCCUUGAUGAAUGGUUCCGCAUAGAGGCACCCAUGCUUACACCCGCUCGUAAGAAGACAAUUGAAGCCGCAUAUGCUAAAGUAGUCGCUGAAGCUCUUGACCGGGAACGUAUCGAUAGGACAGGCUGUAAAGGCAAGGCAGCCAACAGCCAAAUAGUAGUCGACCAAGAAGAAGACCUUAGGUUACGAAAUAGUAGAGAGAACAACUCGACUACACGUGGCAGGGUACCAAUGAUGGGGCAAAAGUACAAUUCACAAAGACUUGAUGCAAACGACUCGGGCUAUACGGGAAGGGCCACAUCAGAGGGAGGAUAUAUUGUGGGAAACGCACUCGAGGAUCAAAGUGUCGUCGACGCGGGUGGCAAGGAAUGCACACAGAAAGGACAGGCGCGACCCCAAUCAAAUCCUAAUCAGAAAAAUAGCAUAGACGCCUGUUGUGCGAAUGACAACAACCUCGCAUCAAAGAAGAUCCAGAAUGCAACAGGCGUGGCGGAUAACAGCGAGAAGAUUCCAAAGAAGAUCACAUCUGAUAUUUCACAUAUGAAUUCUGCACAGAACAGGCCAAAUGUGAAUAGCACGUUGUGUAUAGCCGCGGUGUAUGACCUGCUGUUCACCUCGCUGGAGAAAGAGCACUAUGCAAUGGAUCAGUUUGUACACGACUAUGAUGUGUUCCGUUUGGUCGACAGGAAGAGUGCAGCAACUACUGUGAAGCAUGCUCGUGUGAUGUGUGGAUGUGUAUCCACCGCCGUGAAUAUAAAGCAAGGAUUGAUGAGCUCCUGUAUACGAGAAGUCGGUGAUCAUGCGCGAGGGCUGAAUCUGACAGAUGCGAUCGCUUUUCUCGACCUUAUGCAAUAAAUGAUAUGAACAGUAGUGUAAUAAGCUAGAUGCCGUA